AUGGGAGGGAUUAUUCAACAUUCUACUAACGUAUUAAGCAAAACUAAAACGGAGAAAAAGGUCAGGGAAAAGUCAAAAGAAUUCGCCGACACUUUUCCGAAAAAGAUUAUUACGAACAUUCAUACAACCACGGUAGCAAUAGAAAAUUAUAGAAGAGAGAAUAAUGAUAUUACAACGUAUCAUAGUGAUCUAUCGGAGAAGAAAGCGAAAGUAUUUGAUAAAGAAUUUAGCAGAACAAAGAUUCGAAGUUUAUUUGAGAUCGUAGAUCAAUUGGAAGCGAGUUUAACAUUUUCCCGUAUUUUGGAAUCGGAACAAUGGCUACGAUAUUCCGCUUUAAAAGCGCAGAAAGUUGCUAUGAUCGAUGAUCUCAGGAAAGCUAAUAAACUGAAUAAAAAUAUGUUGAAUUUAUUCAGACAAAGUGUAACGGAUGCACGUAUUGGAAAUACGGAUACCUUACCGGAACCCUUGAAAAGAGAAGUGCAACGGAUUUGGCACAGAAAGUACGAUGAUCUGUUGAAGCAAAACGAACGACUAAAGAAAGAAAUCAAUACAAUGAAUGCGCACGUCGAAGAGAGAAAUAAACAGAUAGAUAUACUUGAACGAAGGUUAUUGAAUAUGGCUGAAAAUUUAAUAGAACGCGAAGAAGCGAUAAAGAGAGUUUGUAUCAAGUAUUUGAAUCUCAAGAAACGUAAAGACGUGGAAGAAAUUUUAUUAAGAGGUUCGAUCGAGACCUUACAGGAUGCGCUGCAAAAGGCACGUAACUUAAAUGUCUCGAGCAAGCCCGAGAUACGCCUUUCUUUAGGCAAAGAUGCUCAAUUGGCCAUGGAGAUACGACGAAGCGAUCGCUUGGUAUACGAGAAUGCACUUUUAAGAGCGCAUUUGCAAGAGGCAAGACGUGCAUGCAAAAGCAGUAGAAGUAGUAGCGUCAUAUCUUUACAGAAGGAUUCAUUCAAAAUGUAAUUCCUCUCCUUUUAUAUGCGUAUUAAUAAAUGAUUAAUAAAUCAUUCUUUACAUAUUACAA